AUGCCGAGUCCAGCUACAAUCCCCCGACGUUCCUCAUCGGAUCCGGAUCUCACCGUCACAACGUCCAAACCCAAGACCUUAAUCGUUACACCUCCGUCUAGUCGUUCCUCGGCGUCUGUUAGCCGUGGUAAGAAAUCAUCUUACUGGAUUAGUUGGAGCAACAUCAGUAAACUAGGCGACUUCAUCGACCGACGAAAAAAAGAGUCCGAUUUAACCGAAGAGAGUCUCCACGAACAUAACAAGUUGCAUGGAAUAUAUUCUCAUAAGUUUCGUCUUAAUAAUUUCAUUGGUGAUGAAGAAGUCGAUGAAAAGUACAAUAAGUGCAGCCCUUAUUACAAAGGCCUCACUGAUUCGACACUUAGGAUUAAUCGUGAAAAGAACGUGUCCGGAGCCGAUAGUCCUGGUCGAGAAAGCCAAACGACGACCGUUUUCAGUACGAGUUCGAGCUCUCUUUCGAUUUUGUUCGGUAAAGUUCAAGAACUCGGUUCUAGUUGUUUUACUUGUACAAGAACUGGUGAUUAUUACAAGGAUCCUGAUGUUCUCAAACCCGUUAAAGCAACUAUUCCUUCAUUACCAGUACCAUGUUCUAAUACAACUUCAAUGAAGGAUAUAAAACCGGAGAUAAAGGAGGCUGAGGACAAUCGUCUUGAUGUUCAAUUAGUUUUUAAGGAGAAGCCAUUGAGGGAGAGAGUACGGGAACCAUCGGCUGCACCACCGACGGUAACCAAAACCGUUGUCGAGAAAAAAGAAGCCGAGGUGAAUCAAAAGUUCAUAUUGGCGGAUAAGUACCGACCCAAAGCUUUGAAAGAUUUCAUCUGCAAUCGAAGUGAAGCACUUCGGGUGCAGGAUCUGGUGAAAAGCGGAGAAUUUAGUCACAUUAUAUUUGAAGGACCUGCCGGUGUUGGGAAAAGAACUAUGAUAAGAGCUGUAAUUCGUGAAAUUUUCGGAUCUGAUCGAGUUCAGACCACGGACGAGUGCAAGCCAUAUUAUUUGAAGGGGGAAUCAGUAAGAAGAAUGGAUGUAAAUAUAAGGGAAUCAUCCAAACAUGUAGAAGUGAAUCUUUCGGAUCUAAAAGGAUACGAGAAGCAUGUGAUUGUGGAACUAAUGAAGGAAACACAACCUAAAAAACCUUUCUCAUACGACCCUCAAAACUAUAAAGCAAUUGUUUUAUGUGAAGCAGACAAGCUAAGUACAGAUGCAUUACUGUACAUUCGAUGGCUGUUACUAAGGUAUAAAGCGGGAAAUAAAGUUUUCUUCUGCUGCUCCGAUAUCUCUAAGCUUCAGCCGAUUAGAUCACUUUGCACUGUCAUUAAGCUACUUCCACCUUCAAAACAAGAGAUUGUUGAAGUAGUGGAAUUUAUAGCAAAGCAAGAAGGUAUAGUUUUGCCACCUAAGUUUGGUGAAAGGAUAGCUAAUAGUUCAAAGAAUAAUCUGCGUCAAGCCAUUCGUUCAUUCGAAGCCUGUUGGCAAUCAAGUUAUCCUUUCAAGGAAGAUCAGAUAAUAUUAACGGGAUGGGAAGAAGACAUUGCAAAUAUAGCCAAGAACAUGGUGGAGGAGCGAAGUCCAAAACAGCUAUAUAUCAUUCGAGGAAAGCUUCAAAUUUUCAUUGAGCAUGAUGUGUCUCCUGACUUCAUAUUCAUGUCAUUGGUUGGAGAAGUGAAAAAGCACUUGCAUGAGAACUUGCAUCCUCAAGUAGAUGCUUUAUAUGAUGAAUACAAUAGGGAUGAUGAAAACAUGAUUGAGAGUGAAGAUGAAAUGGGGACGAAAGUUAUUGAUCCGGUCAAAAAGAACAGUCGGAUUUUCUCCAGAAUCGAAGAGUUUAUAGCUAGAUUCAUGAGCUGGUACAAUAAUCAAUCAAAGAUGGCAAAUGCAGCAGUCAACACGCCCUUGACCGCCGAUGAAGGGACUUCACCCUGA